AUGCGUGAGAUUGUUCAUCUCCAGACUGGCCAGUGCGGCAACCAAAUCGGUGCUGCGUUCUGGCAGACCAUCUCUGGCGAGCACGGACUCGACAGCAAUGGCGUCUACAAUGGCACUUCGGAGCUUCAGCUCGAGCGCAUGAGCGUCUAUUUCAACGAGGCCUCAGGCAACAAAUAUGUCCCUCGCGCCGUUCUCGUCGAUCUCGAGCCCGGCACCAUGGACGCCGUCCGCGCUGGUCCUUUCGGCCAGCUUUUCCGCCCCGAUAACUUCGUUUUCGGGCAGUCCGGUGCUGGCAACAACUGGGCCAAAGGCCACUACACUGAGGGCGCGGAGCUGGUCGACAACGUCCUCGAUGUCGUUCGUCGCGAGGCCGAGGGCUGUGACUGCCUCCAAGGCUUCCAAAUCACCCACUCCCUGGGUGGUGGCACCGGUGCCGGCAUGGGCACCCUGCUCAUUUCCAAGAUUCGCGAGGAGUUCCCUGACCGCAUGAUGGCCACCUUCUCGGUCGUCCCCUCCCCCAAGGUCUCCGACACCGUCGUCGAGCCCUACAACGCCACUCUGUCCGUCCAUCAGCUUGUGGAGAACUCGGACGAGACGUUCUGCAUUGACAACGAGGCCCUCUACGAUAUUUGCAUGCGCACCCUGAAGCUGUCCAGCCCCUCGUACGGUGACCUGAACCACCUCGUCUCGGCUGUCAUGUCGGGUGUCACGACCUGCCUGCGAUUCCCCGGUCAGCUCAACUCGGAUCUCCGCAAGCUCGCCGUCAACAUGGUUCCCUUCCCUCGUCUUCACUUCUUCAUGGUCGGCUUUGCGCCCCUGACCAGCCGUGGCGCCCACUCUUUCCGCGCUGUCAGCGUGCCCGAGUUGACGCAGCAAAUGUUCGACCCCAAGAACAUGAUGGCCGCCUCCGACUUCCGCAACGGCCGCUACCUGACUUGCUGUGCCAUUUUCCGUGGCAAGGUCGCCAUGAAGGAGGUCGAGGACCAGAUGCGCAACGUGCAGAACAAGAACGCAACUUACUUCGUUGAGUGGAUUCCCAACAACAUCCAGACCGCCCUGUGCGCUAUCCCUCCCCGUGGCCUGAAGAUGUCGUCCACCUUCAUCGGCAACUCGACCUCGAUCCAGGAGCUUUUCAAGCGUGUUGGUGAGCAGUUCACUGCCAUGUUCCGUCGCAAGGCCUUCUUGCACUGGUACACGGGCGAGGGUAUGGACGAGAUGGAGUUCACCGAGGCCGAGUCCAACAUGAAUGACUUGGUCUCCGAGUACCAGCAGUACCAGGAUGCUGGUAUCGAUGACGAGCCGGAGGAGUACGGUGAGGAGGAUGUUCCGGAUAAUGAGGAUUAG